GACUUUAAACCCUGUUGUAUCUUCCUUUUCCUCAUAUACUUUAAAAACUUCCCAUUUAACCUUUAAUAUCAUUUUAAUUUUAUUUUUAGGUCUCUUUGGAAGAUAAACUUCAAGAAGCAUUAGCCGAUUUGGAACAAAAAUCUAAAUUAGUUGCUUAUUUACAAAGUGUUAUGCAACCAAAACAAAUGCAAAAAUUGCCUCGUCCACGGCCUUCGUUAUUGUCUUCUGAAUCUGAUUAUAUUUCGGAAAUUGAAUCAGAAUACAAACAAUGUCAACAAUUAGAACAACAACGUGAUGAAUUAAAAAAUGAUUUGGAAAUGAAGAGAAGAGUUUUGGCCGAGACACAAAAUAAUCAAAAAAUUGAAGAAGACGAAAUUGUUCCAUUAAUUAAUGUUAGACGUUCAAUUAGAGACCAACAAAGUUGUGAAACUUUGAGUCAAACAACUUCCGAAUCUUUAACUUUGAAAACAUUUGUGACUGGAACACAUUCUAAUUUUACACCUGGAAAAAUGCGUCAUGAUAUCCCACAUCGUUGGAAGAGACAAUUUGUUACAAUGGCUUCGAAUCGUUGUCAAUUCUGUUUUGAAGGCUUUCCUUACUUUACUUAUGUAUAUCGUUGUCGUGAUUGUAAUAUGGUUGUUCACAAGCAUUGUAAAGUUUCUGUUGUAAAUACUUGUGGAUUACCCUAUGAAUGUGCUGAUUUUUAUUUGGAUGCUUAUAGUGGAGGAAUGAAUGGAGAACAAAUGACUGGAUGGAUAAAAUUGCUCGUUUUACCUGCUUCAACACCUAGCGGUGCUACACGUUUUUCUUCUUCGUCUCCAGUUACUUUUGCAAUAACUGAAAAAUGGCAAAAUGCUUGGGCUAUGAUAGAAAAACAUUCGCUCAAUUUUUAUGAAAGUGAUCAAUUAGCAUUACAAAGAAAUGGCCCUCCAUUUAUUUGUAUCAAUUUGGAUCAUGAACAAUGGAGAAUUUAUAAUCAGACAACUGAAAAACCGUUGGGUGGUGUAAAAGAGAAUGAUAUGUCGAUGCUUAUUGAAUUGAGAAUGCCAAAUCGUACAUUAUUAAUGUUAACCCCAACAUCACAAGCAAAACAACGUUGGGUUCAAGCAUUACAACAAGCUACAAAUCGUCGUAUUUUUAUUCAAAGGCGACCAUCUUCAACAAUUGUAACAAAUCAACUUUUACUUUCAUUGGAAAAACCUCGUAAUUUAUGUAUAAAUUGUACUCAAUGGUUACCUUAUAAUAAUGGAAAUGAAUAUUUACUUAUUGGAGCACAAGAAGGUUUAUUUGCAGCAGCAAUAACACAAAAUCGUACACCGUUUCAAAUUGCUGGAAUAUUUAAAGUUUUCUGGAUGGAAUUUCUUCCUGAAUUUGAUAUGCUUCUUACUAUUUGUGAUUCAAGUCGUCGACUUGGAGCUAUACAUUCUCAACAAUUAAAUCGUGCCCUUCGUGCAGAUCAACAACCAAGUGUUUAUGUUACCACUGCUGCUCCAAAUAUUGAACAAUGUCAUAUUGCUGUUGUUAGUAAAGUUGAGCAUAAUCGUGGAAAACGUUUUGUUUAUGUAGCAACAAUCGACUCAAUUUAUAUUCUUCAAUAUGUUGUUAAACUUGGAGUAUUUUCAACAAUUAGACAAAUACUAACAGAAGAACCGCCAAUAGCUAUAUGUUCAACACAAAAUGGAUUUAUUUUUGGUGCAGAUAAUUUCCGUUUUCUUUCAAAUGAAAGUAAUUUUGGUGGAGAUGAUAUGCAAUUGGCAGUAGAUAAUUGUCCUUAUGACUUUCCUGUGGCAGUUGUUGAAAUUUCUGACAAUGAAUUUCUUUUGGCUUUUCAUAAUUUUGGACUUUUUGUCAAUUCAAAAGGAAAGAGAACUCGAAGCAGAAAUAUUGAAUGGGAAAAAGUGCCGCUUGAAUUUGUUUAUACAGCUCCACAUCUUUAUAUUGUUUAUUGUGAAUUUUUGGAAGUUGUUCGUGUUGCCCCACAUACAGGGAUGGAAUCAAGUUUAUUAACCGACGACAGAAAUAUUUUUAAAUGUCGAUCUGCUCAUCAUACAGGGUUUGGACCGCGUCCAUAUGAUGUAUUAUUUGCUGUUUCGAGUGCUGAUAUUGUUGAACUUCAUUCUUUUAGUCGGACAGACGAGGAAACACAACCUUCCGUAAAAUCAAUUUUAAAACGAAAAUUAAAUGAACCGACAGCUUCUAAUGAAAAAAGAAAAUAUUAA